CAAGUUUCAGGCAGCUUUAAAACUUCAUGAAUAGUGUUGCGCUUGUACGGUAACACCAGCCUUUAACAGGACCAACACUAAAUAGUUGUGUGGGAUGUUCAGAUCACAACAAUGGCUUCUAAUGACCACAUUAGUGUGGAAUACUCUGGGGAUCCCCACCCUGGGGACUUAAUUGAAAUAUUUAGACCUGCAUAUCAGCAUUGGGCUCUUUACCUGGGAGAUGGCUACGUUAUAAAUGUGGCACCGUUAGCAGAGGAAGGGCCACCUGCUUCAUUCACGAGCGCAAAGUCAGUUUUCAGCAGGAAAGCAAUGGCAAAAAUGCAGCUACUUAAAGACAUUGUUGGGCAAGACACUUUCAAAAUAAACAACAAAUAUGAUGACAACCACACACCUUUGCCAGUGGAUGAAAUUGUUAAGCGAGCGGAGUUUCUGAUUGGUCAGGAAGUGUCCUAUGAUUUGCUUGUAAAUAACUGUGAACAUUUUGUCACUUUACUUCGUUAUGGUGAGGGUGUGUCUGAUCAGGCAAGCAGAGCGAUCAAUGCCAUUUCCUUUGUAACUGCGGCCGCUGGUGCCUUUUCAAUUAUUGGACUAUUUCAAAAUAGAUCAAGGCAAAGAAAUUAUUGAAGGAUGUUCGAAAAGAGGAAAGUAUAUUGU